UACGGUCUUAGGUUAACCAAAUAUCGGCACACGCUCUAGUAUUAAAACCACAGUCCGAUGAGGAAUUUAGCACCGAGUUUUCAUUCCGCAUCACAGCCAGUCCAUUAUUUCACUUUGCGUUUAACCAGGCAUAAGAGGAACAAUGUUUGAGGAAAAGCUGGUCCAGCUGGAGCCAAAUGCACAUUUGCACCAAAUAGUACUAGGACAUAAAGAAGAGAUCAGAGCCAUCAAACAAGAUACCGAGAUUCCUGGCUGUAAUUGUGAACCUAUUAUAACCUUCAUUGAUAAAGUCAAAAUGUUUGAUGAUUGGUUCAAAGAGCAGAAUGUUAUCUUUCAAUUUAUUGACUGGAACUUACGUGGAAUUGCUCAGGUGAUGUUUGUCAACAAUCCAUUGAGCGGGAUUAUUAUUUUGGCCGGGCUGAUUUUACAGAAUCCAUGGUGGGCACUGAACGGCUUCGUGGGAACAGUGUUCUCAAACCUGGCAGCACUUUUGCUCAGUCAGAACAGAUCUGAUAUUGAAGCAGGGCUCCAUGGGUACAACGGCACCUUGGUUGGCUUUCUACUGGCUAUGUUUUCUAAAAAAGGAGAUUGGUAUUGGUGGCUGCUAUUGCCUGUGAUUGUCAUAUCAGUAUUAUGCCCGGUUCUUUCAAGUGCCUUGGCAUCUGUAAUGCAAAAAUGGGAUCUGCCUAUUUUCACGCUGCCUUUUAAUACUCUUCUGUCGAUGUUUAUGGCUGCAACAGGACAUGACAACCAACAUUUUCCCCAGGUUCUCAUUCAACCCAUGCUGGGACCACAAAACAUCACAUGGCCAGAACUCAGUGUUCCAAUGCUUCUGAGAGCUAUCCCAGUGGGUGUUGGCCAGGUGUUUGGCUGUGACAGUCCAUGGGCUGGUUGCAUUUUCCUUGGUGCAUUAGUUAUCUCAUCUCCAAUCAUAUGUCUGCAUGCUGCAAUUGGAUCCUGUCUCGGUAUACUAGCAGGAUUAUCCCUGGCUUCACCAUUCCAGAAGAUUUAUGAUGGAUUAUGGAGCUACAACUGUGUUCUGGCCUGUAUUGCAGUGGGAGGAAUGUUCUAUGCCCUGACAUGGCAGACUCACCUCUUGGCAAUAAUGUGUGCAAUUUUCUGUGCGUACUUAGGAGAAGCACUGAUGAACAUGAUGUCUGUGUUUGGAUUACCUGCAGGCACCUGGCCUUUCUGCCUUUCCACACUCGUGUUUCUGCUGAUGACCAGUAACAACAAAGCCAUUUAUAAAUUGCCACUCAGUAAAGUGGCCAACCCUGAGGCGAACAGAAAGAUUUACAAGGAGAUGCAGAAACAUAAAUCAUAUGAAUGAAUAGGGGUGUGGUAUUGGAUAAGGAACAUUAGUAAAAGUCAUAAUGAAAA